GUCACGGCGGUGAAGGUUUCUCAGUCCAGAGAGAUGAGAGGGUUUUGCGGUAGUGCCACGCGCUGAACUCCGCUCCGGGACGGAAACUCACAUUAAAGAAGGCGUGGUUUAGGUGUUGACUAACGGGCAGGGCGGAGCAGGGUGGGGGCGUGGCAGGAUGAGCUGGGUGGCGCUGGCCGUGGACGUGUUGGUGGCAUUGGUGUUGGCGCUGGUGCUGCUGCAUCGUUACGGUGACGUACGGAAACAGCAGCGUGUGGUUCUACUGGCCACGCUCCUCGCCUGGUUCCUCUGUUUCCUCAUCGCCUUCACCAUCCCACUCGACGUCAGCACGACCAUCUAUAAUCAGUGUGUGACUGAUAACAACCAUGUGGUAACUACAAUACCAAGUCACUCCAACCAGACGUCCAACAUCUCAGUGUUUCCCACUUCCAGGUUACCGAAGGUAUGUCACAAACCAUGGAGUUACAUUCCAGACGGGAUCCUGCCAGUGUUCUGGAGAGUGGUGUACUGGACGUCUCAGUUCCUCACAUGGCUCCUGAUCCCGUUCAUGCAGUCGUACGCUCGUUCUGGAGGAUUUUCCAUCUCGGGGAAGAUAAAAACUGCUCUGAUUGAGAAUGCCAUUUACUACGGCACUUAUCUGUUCAUCUUCUGCUCGCUGCUCAUUUACGUCGCCAUCAGUCCACAGUGGCACCUCUCAUGGUAUGAUCUGAGGACCAUUGGCAUCACAGCAGCAAACACCUGGGGCUUAUUCCUACUGGUGUUGUUGCUAGGAUACGGCCUGGUGGAAAUCCCACGCUCCUGCUGGCUGGCGUCGUGCCACGGACACCUGCUGUCCAAAACCUACUUCAAAGCAGCAAAGCUGAUGACGGAGAAAACGGACGCAGAGGAGAACCUGGAGGACGUGAUGGAGGACGUCAGAGCUGUUAAUGAGUCUAUCAAGUACAACCAUCCACUGAGGAAGUGUAUCGACACCAUUCUGAAGAAGUGUCCUGUAGAGUAUCAGGAGAAAAUGGGGAGGAACAUGGAUGAUUACGAGGACUUUGAUGAUAAGAGGAAUCCAUAUCCAAGCAAGAAGAGCCUGGUCAAACUCCAUAAACAGGUGAUCUAUGCGGUACAGAGGCAUAAUCGCACUCAGGUACAGUGGCAGAUCUUCUUAGACGAAGCGUUUCGCUUGGAAGAUGUGGCUAAAAACGAGAUUAGCUCCGCCUGCCAGUUUGUCCACAGCCAACCCUCCAACCAAUCAGACGGCUGCUUCAGGAACUACAUCUACACACCUGCUGCAGAGUGGUAUUGGGAGUGUGUGUUGCGGAGGUGGUGUUACCGUGUGUUGUCGGUGGUGUUGUGUGUGUUGUCGGUGUUGGUGGUUUGGUCCGAGUGUACGUUCUUCAGCACGCAGCCUGUUUUGUCAGUGUUCGCCAUCUUCAUCCAGAUCGCUGAGAGGAAAUACAACUACAUCUACAUAGAGGUGGCGUGUUUCAUCACCAUCUUUUACCUGUGUUACUGCGUUUACUCCACCGUGUUCCGCAUCAGAGUAUUUAAUUAUUAUUAUCUCGCACCACAUCACCAGACUGACGCCUACAGCCUGCAGUUCAGCGGCAUGUUGUUUUGUCGCCUGACACCACCACUGUGUUUGAAUUUUCUGGGUGUGAUUCACAUGGACUCCACCAUCUCACACCAGGACAGACAACAGACCUCAUACACAUCAAUUAUGGGUUCGAUGCAGGUUUUGUCGUUCAUUGCUAACGGAUUUUAUAUUUAUUACCCCAUGCUCAUCGUGCUGCUCUGCAUCGCCACCUACUUCAGUUUGGGGACGAGGUGUUUGAAUCUGUUGGGUUUUCAGCAGUUUAUGGGUGACAGUGAUUUGACCUCUGACCUUGUAGAUGAAGGGAAAGAACUCAUCCGCAGAGAGAGGAGAAAGAGGCAGAGAACAGAGGAUGCUGAGAACAGAAGAAGGGAGUGGAGGGAGAAGUAUGUGCCUAGAACUCGGAGUUCCUACUCAGAGAUCAGAGAAGGUGACAGUCCCAGCAGACGAGGUCAGUGUGACCGGACUGAGCUCCUGCAGGAUGUUGAGCCGCUGGAUUUUAACGGAGAUGAUACACAAGAAGUGGAGAACAGGAGGUACGGUUAUCUCUCCACCUCAGGGUCUCGCACUCGCGUCUUCGAUGAUGUGUGAGAAAAAGUGAGGGAUCAUGGACGAAGAAGAGACACAGAUAUUGCACUACUUCACUUUCUGAAGAGACAGUGACUACGUUUACACGGACAGCAGUAAUCUAAUUAUUGACCUUACUCUGAGUAAGAUAAUAAUGUGAUUAAGGUGUUCACAUGAGUCGCUUUUAGAAUACUCCUGUCAUGUUCCCGUUUUACAUGUUUUAGAACAUAAUUAAAUGAACAGCCCGCGUCAUUACGUCACCGCUCCACGCCGUCCGACGCCCCUCCAGAAUCUCACGUUUCAACAUACAGUUGGUCUUCGUUAUGGGACCGUAUACAGUUUUGGUUGUGUUUAUUUCAUUUUUUUUUUACGAACGCUUUAAGUGCAGUUAAUUAUUUCUCAUGCUGUACGUGCUAAUAGACAACUGCUUGAAGCGGUGGGUGUGUCCCAAAUCGCAUAGUUACCGUCUAUAUAGUAGCCGAGAUACAUGUAUUUUUCCCCACUACAGGCCUAUAGUAGGAAAGUAUGCGGUUUGGGACACAGCCGAACUCUCUUGUUCGCCGUAAAACGUAAAACUGCCGUGUGUGAUCGUGUCCUGUCGCAAAAUGCGGUGAAAACUCCCACACGACGCUCAUAGUGUGAUUAAGGUGUUUACAUGUCACUACUACACGUCCAUAAUGCGACUAAAACAGGAAUACUCCACCUGUCUUAAUUCCAUUAGAGCUUACUUCAAUUAUGACCUUAAUUAGAUUAAGGUAAGUAAAAAUUGCUGUUUACAUGCUAUUUUCUUAAUUAGAGUAUGGUCUUAAUCGGAUUAAGAGUGGAUUAUUGUUGUCCAUGUAAACGCAGCUACUGUGUGUGUGUGUGUGGUGUGUGUGUGUAAGGGGUUUCUCACACAGUAACUCCCACAGUGUUAGUAACCAUAGCGACUGUAGUUAAUACAGUAUACAGAAGUAUAAAAUGAGCAGUUCAUUAUGUCACAGGGAGAAUGUUAAAUGUUUAGUUAGUGUGUGAGUGUGAUCUGAUUUCUGUUUACAUCAGACCCAAAGCUAUGAAUGAUCAGGUGUCUGAGUGAGCUGACACGAGCGCUAACACGAGCGCUAACAGAGCGCUAACACAAGUGCUAACACAAGCGCUAACACAAGUGCUAACAGAGCGCUAACAGAGCGCUAACACGAGUGCUAGCUUGUAGUCCAGCAGAGAUGGUGAGUUUUCAGACUGAACCUGACCCCCCUCACGUCUCCGUCCGCACCCCCAUGCCACCACUGUUUGGUUGUUGUUUCUGACAGGGAAAUGUUUUUGUCUCCGUCACUCUCGUCUUAUAAACAUGUUUGUUCUCACUGAGUUCAUCAUCUAACUGAAAGAUUUGAUUUGAGAUGUUUUAUUGUCUUUACACUUUGUGAAUACCUCAAAUAAACAGUUUCACAUGUCGUGUGUUUUAAUCCUCAGACUCCAGAGUUUACUUUAUUAACACACACACACACACACAAUAAUAAACAUCCUGUUUUCUCACGUGCUCACAGGCACGUGGCAGCGUUUUCAGUUUUAAAGCCAUCUUAUAAAUGUAUUUUUAUAAUUCCACAUCUGUGAGAUUUCCCACUGGAGUACACAUUCCACUGAACUUCCCGGCUUCAUCUCCCAUUGACCCAAUAUCUCCUGUUAUACGGUACCGCUGCGAUGACGUCACACAGGUGCCGCGGGGAAAUCGAAACUAACGAAGAGCCAAUCAGCUUCGAGUAUUUUGGCGCGCAAUCUGAAGCUGUCUGGGCGCGAGCUAAAUCCCUGCAGUAAUCUGAGGUAACUCCUGAAGGUCUCUACACCUGAGAAAUCCGUUCUGAUUGGCUGCGUGUGACGAUCUGUUACUGAAGUUCCUGUUCUUCAUCCACGGACCCUUCAUUCUAGAAUGAAUAACGGUUGUAAAGAGGAGGGGGAGAAGAGUGGACCGGACAUGGACACUACUAAGAUA